AUGUCUGAUUCACAUUACCAAACAGCUCAUCAUGUUCAAACUCAUUCACCCAACUUCAAUCAUUCUCAACUUCAAAAUACCAACAAUAUUAAAGACAAUAGUAUCAGUAAUCAUCAUCACCAACAACCUGAAGAAAACAUUUCAUAUUCACCAAAGAUCAGAGAUGUUGCUAAUUUAAACAACAACACCAUCACCUUUUUAGCCAAGCCAAAUUCAAAUGCUUCGGAUUCAUCAAAUCUGAUCAAAAUAGGUAAAUGUUUCGUUACUGAUGCUGGUGCUAGAAAGGUUCUAACUAAAUCAAUUGAUUCUGAUGUUGAAAAGCUAGCAAGAUCCAACGUUCAAACUUUACAAACAUUACCAACUCCAUUUUUGUUUUUGUUUUUGUUAUUCAGUACAUAUGGUUCACCAACAUCAAUGCCAGAUUUUAGAUCAAAUAAAAUUUAUCACGGCCUAUUUUGUUAUUGGUUCCAUAGAAUUUUAAUUGGUGAUAAUCUGUUUCCUUUAAAGAUAGGUUUUGGUUUAGACCACUGGUACAUUGUCUUUAUCAGACCUUUCUGUUACUACUGGGAAUCAUUCCCGGUAGUAUAG